CGCAAAUCACACACAGCACUCCUCACACAACGCAAUCAUGCUCGGUCAAACUCUGAGGGCUUCGAGCCAAUCGCUCGCCAGAGCCGCGCUUCGACAGAAUGCCGCAACCCUCCGCCGCUCCUUCAUCACUCCCACCGCUGUCCGACAGGCCGACCUCGUCCAAGACAUGUACCUCAAGGAGCUGAAAGCCUACAAGGCGCCCGCGAUCAAGGCCAACGAUGCCGAAGGCCAGGUCCAGAAAUUCGCCAUGCCCAAGGCACCGGCAUCCCCCGAGGAGGCUGACCUCCAGAACGAUUUGUCCGCCUACGAGCAGCAGGUGCCAGAGGUCGAGGGCCAGGCUGCGGAAGGUUCAUCUGCGCCGGUGGAGGAUUGGUUCGUUGAGGAGGUUGAGGAGGAGGCCGCACACCACUGAGAGAUGCAUGAUGACUGGAGGAGGUAGAGAUGCUGCGAUGGAGAGCAUGUAACAUACAGGUGUGAAUACCAGCUUUCGAGGCAUUUUGGGGACUUUCG